AUGACUACCGGCUUCCUGCGCGUCAAAGGGGCAACCAUCGUCGACGGCGAUGAGAAUGACAUCGUCAUGCGAGGAGCUGCCCUCGGGGGAUGGAUGAACAUGGAGAAUUUUAUCACCGGUUUCCCAGGACAUGAAGCUCAACACCGUGCUGCCAUGCGUCGAGUUCUUGGGCCAGAGAAAUACGAGUUCUUCUUCGACAGGUGGCUGGAGUACUUUUUUACCGAGGCAGAUGCUAAAUUCUUCGCGGAGCUUGGUUUGAACUGCCUGCGACUGCCAUUUAAUUACCGGCACUUUGAAGACGAUAUGAAUCCCAGAGUUCUGAAGGCCUCUGGCUUCAAACAUUUGGACCGGGUUAUCGACUUGUGUGCAGCACAGGGCAUAUAUACUAUCCUCGACAUGCAUGCAGUUCCCGGUGGCCAGAAUCCAGACUGGCACUCCGACAACCCUACCGGGUACGCAGCAUUUUGGGAUUACAAAGAUCACCAGGAUAGAACGGUUUGGCUCUGGGAGCAGAUCGCGAUGAGAUACAAAAAUAAUCCCUGGGUUGCUGGGUACAAUCCUCUCAAUGAGCCGUGCGAUCCAGAACAUGUGCGGCUGCCUGCUUUCUAUACCCGCAUCGAAAAGGCGAUUCGUGCGAUAGAUUCCAACCAUAUACUAUGGCUGGACGGAAAUACGUUUGCGAUGGAAUGGAAGGGAUUUGACACGGUGCUGCCGAAUUGCGUAUAUGCCAUGCACGACUACUCGUCAAUGGGCUUUCCAACCGGAGAUCGAUAUAAAGGCACGGCAGAUCAGAGGGAACGCUUGGAGCGUGGAUACUUGCGCAAAGCACAGUUCAUGAGUGAAAACAAGACACCAGUCUGGAACGGAGAAUUUGGGCCGGUCUAUGCAGACAAAAUACUCGAUGUUGAUGCCGCCACCGUGAACCAGGAGCGGUACAAUCUCCUCGGCGAGCAACUACGCAUCUACGACAAGUACCAUAUCAGCUGGUCAAUCUGGCUCUACAAAGACAUCGGCCUACAGGGUAUGGUCUAUACAAAUCCCGAAAGCAGAUGGAACAGAACCCUGAAGCCGUUCCUUGAGAAAAAGAAGGACUUGUGGCUGGACAAGUGGGGCCAUCGACCUGCGGCUGAUCCUGAAGCUGCACUCAGGCCUUUGGUCGAUUGGAUUGAUAGUGUGAGCCCAACUGCAAAAGACACCUAUCCGACUUCUUGGAACACAGAGAUGCAUGUCAUGCGAAAUGUUUUCAACACCUUCCUAGCGGCAUCGUUCGUGGAUGAGUUUGCUAAUUUAUUCCGGGGCGCCAGCGAGGAAGAUCUAGAUGAACUUGCCAGAAGCUUCCACUUUGAAUCUUGUCUACAACGUGAAGGGUUGAACGAGAUUCUCAAGAAUCAUGCAAGUGUCCUUGGUUAA